AUGGCACUUGCCUCUGGUGUUCACUCGGCAGAUACCGGAAACAAAUUUGAGGACUUUUCUGGUAUUAAAAUCGCACCCGGUGGCAAUCCGUAUGACGCUCUCAUUGACGCCUGCCAGGACUCGCCGGCCAAGCUCCAGUCCCUGUAUGCCACCCACCGAACGUCGAGGAAUAAGCAGCAGCGAGAAAAGUUUUUGUCUUCCGAGUUCAAGGACCUGAAUAUCGACCCUAUCCUGCUGAGGUUAGAGAAGCCUGAGGUAGAACCUGGUUUCAAAGAUCCUCGGCACUGUCUUGUGUUUUGGGCGCGGCCUCCGGACCACAUUGUGAAGCUGGCCCGCCAUUUGCAGACACUGCUACAAGCUGCUGCGCCGAAUCUUUGGCUCAUGCCUCCACACCGCAUGCACUUGACUGCUCUUGAGAUUACUCACUCACGAACGGCCCAAGAAAUUGGAGACUUAGUCUCGGCCAUGCGGCCAGUGAUUCCUGAGCUGACAGGGCUUACGUUUACGCGGCGCUCCCGGCUUGUCAAGCCCAUGAUUUCAUACGACCUCUCUGCGGUGGCCGUUUCCUUCUUGCCAGCAUCUGGGGAGAAACCAGUGUCCGCGGAAUCGUCAUCCCCACCCCUGGAGCAUUCUGGAGAAUCCAACGGCAGCGCAUCUGGGGGUGAUCACUACACAUACCACCAUCUGCGGCGCGAUGCGUUUGACGUGGCCUCGGCGGCUGUCACUAUCAACUCGCGUUACGUAGUGCCGAGCGCGCACGUCACCUUGGGCCGCUAUAUCACACAGGAUGAUCAUAAGACACCCGAGAUGCGGGAGCGGUGGAUACAGACCAUCGAGAACAUCAACAAGUGGCUCGAGAACGAGGUUUGGGAGGUUCAGGACGGCCCAUUCAUUGGAGAGUGGAUUGUUGGCCAGGAACGGGGUCUCGAAGGGCGCUGUGGGACCGUGUGGUAUGGCGGAGGGCGGACCAUUCUGGCAGGAGAGGGGUUUUGA